AUGCGACAACGAUCUUCCAGCACCCACAAAGGGUGGUUUUCGUUGGGCGAUUGGGCGGAGGAGGUUGAGGGCCGACCGAGCGACAACGAUGUGUGCCUCGGCUGGCUGCCCGUCGUUCGCGAGGACGCGGCCACGACGACCACCACACAGGAGGGCGGCGGUGAGAAGGCGCUCUUCGGCACCGAGCUGCAGGAGCUGGCCCACCGCGAGGGCCGGCCCGUGCCGGCGGUGAUCAGCGACGCCAUCUCCUACAUCGAGCGGCACGGCCUGCAGGCCGUGGGCCUGUUCCGCAUCGACGUGACCAGCCUCAUGAACAACCUCACGCGGGACAUUGACGCCGGCCAACCGAUCGACCUCGACGCCAUUGCCAACCCGCACGCAGCCGCAAACAUCAUCAAACGAUUCCUCAGGCAAAUAGGCGCUACCACGCACGCACGCAUAUGCGCAUAUGCACGCACAACACGCACGCCGGAGGAGAGUCGGGAGAAGAUUAUGGCGGUGAUGCAGGAGCUGCCGGAGGUCAACCUCAAGGUGAUGCACCGAAUAUUCGGGCUGCUGAGCCGAGUGGCCCAGCACUCGCACAGCAAUCUCAUGCCCGCCUCCAACCUCGCCUCCAUGAUCGGCCCCAACGUGCUCUACCCUCACCCUUCACAGCAGGACCACACCCAGCCCGAAUUUGUACUUCGGGACGUAAACACGGCGAACGCUGUCGUGGAGACCAUCAUCACGUCGCUCGAAUUCUUCUUCCCGCCGGAGGAGACGGAGGUGCCGGACACCGCUAGCACUAGUGCCGACAGCGUCGCCGCCGCUACGAGCGUGGCCACCACCACCAUCACCACCACGGCCUCGCACGAAUCGAGCACGAAACAAACGACUUUGGUGGUGUCGACACCACUGACCACCGCGGCCACAACGUACGACACGAGGCCCUCGGGGCUCCUGGGCGUGCCCGGCGUGAUGCUGGAGGACAACUCGCUCCAGCGACGGCGGAGCAACAUCAACGUGCUCAAGCAGUUCUUUGAGGAGAAGGCGCCGCCGCCCGCGUCCGCGCUCAGGCCGACCAGCGACCCCACCACCACUCGGUCGACGGCUGGGGCGGAGCCAGAGAAUGGGCGGGAGAGCAAGGUCCCGCGCCUGAGCCUCAUGCUGAAGGUCAGCGGGUUCCAACCAGGGCACGGCGACGGUGACCGCGGCGGUAAGCCCGCGCGAGUCGACCUCGCCGUCGUCAUCGUCGCCGUUGUCGUUGUCGCCAUCGUUAUCGCUGGCGUCCUCUUCCUCAUCUCCCACUCCAUCUUCUUCCUUAUCAUCGACAACUCGGGCCUGGGCUCCAAGUUUGGCUUUCUGGCCCUUUGGAAGGCGGUGCCGCCAACGCCGCAAUACGUGGCCCUGGGUAAUGUGGUGACCACCAGCCCGGACGGCAUGCCGCCCGCCACCAACACCUUUCGCUGCGUGCACGUCAGUGCGGUGAAGAGCGUGACGAGCCGCAAGUGUCUGUGGAAGACGUCGGACAGCGUGCGGCAGACCCUGAAGAUGUACCGCAGCAGCCGCCAGAGCAGCCCGUGCUCCCUCUGGAUCGCCCUCCCCGAGGACGGCCACGGCGGCGAGCUGGCCUUCAAAACGGGCCUCUUCCUCAGCUUUCCUUCUCUCGAUGCGCGCACGGAGCAGUUGUUUGGGCUGCGGAAGGACUGCGACUUGGUGUCGUUCUCCAAGGACAACCCCACCCUCCCCAAGCGCGAGUUCGAGUGGGAGGGCGGCGAGGAGAUUCCGAGCUGCCACCUGUGCGGGGCGGCCUUCACGAUCCUGCGCCGGCGCCAUCGCGUGGUGGCCGACAAGAAGACCGUCAUGUCCCGCUUCAAGCUCGAACUCAGCUGCCUGCCCUGCAAGAAGCAGAAGCAGGUCGAAGAAAAGGAGAGCCAGGAGAGCCUGGACCUGCUGCGCAAGUGGCGCGAGGAGCAGCGACAAAAGGCGACCACCACCGCGGUGGGCAGCAGGGACGCGCUUCUCUCGCCCCGGGCGGGUUCGCUGGCAGGGAACACGCGGGAGAAGAAGGAGGCCUUCGAAGGCGCCGGCGGCGGCGGCGGGUCCGGCAUCAGCGAGUCCAACCGGGCGUGGAAGACCGCCCUCAAUCGCAACAAGGGGUUCCGCGGGGAUCACGGGAUGCUGCUCGAUCGACGCGCGAUCGCGUCGUCUGCUCCGGCGUCCUGCGGCGCGCGGUCUGCUGAGCAGGAGGGUGACAGCACCUGA